CAGAAAGCGAUUUCAGUUCUGUACAACUGGCAGAGCACCCUGCAGACAACACGCAAGUGCCAUCUGCGGAUUGACUGCAUUGACCGUUCUCAGCGCUGUGCCUAAUUAAUCGCACAGAUCCACAGUACUACUAGCACCAGUUUGCAAAGCAGCUGUGAAUUGUAAACGUUGCAUUGUUAGGGCAACAAAGUUUCAGCAUAUAAUAAUAACGAGGGAUUCGACUGAUCCAGGGUUUUUUUUUCUUUCUCAGUCUUGCGCUCGCUGUCUUCAGGAUAUCAAACUGCACAAACAAUAUAUACCACAAUGACUGCAGAAGAGGUGAAAAGCGAAGAGGCGCACCAGGCAAUACCAAUAGAAGGAGAAGACCUCACUCCAAAGAAAGAUGAGGGACUGUUAAAGGUGAUUCUGAAGGAGGGGGUGGGCAAUGAGACCCCCAUGACUGGGGACAAGGUCAGCGUUCACUACGUGGGGACACUGCUGGACGGCACCAAGUUUGACUCCAGCCGGGACAGGGACGAGCAGUUCACUUUUGUCCUUGGGAAAGGGCAGGUGAUCAAAGCCUGGGACCUUGGUGUGAGUACCAUGAAGAUUGGGGAAGUUUGCCGGCUUAUCUGCAAACCAGAAUACGCCUACGGGGUAGCCGGCAACCCACCCAAAAUCCCACCUAACUCGACGCUGGUCUUUGAGGUGGAGUUGUUUCAGUUCAAGGGGGAGGACCUCACUGACAAGGAGGACGGAGGGAUCAUUCGCAGGAUCCUCACAAAGGGGGAGGAGUACACCAAACCCAAUGAGGGCGCCAUCGUGGAGGUGUCUCUGGAAGGUGAGUGGGAGGGGAAGGUUUUUGACCGCAGGGAGCUGACGUUUGAGGUGGGAGACGGGGAGAGCUUGGAGAUCCCAAGAGGCAUUGAGAAGGCUCUCCAGUCCAUGGAGAAAGGAGAGGAGUCCAUCAUCAAGCUCUCACCCAGCUAUGGGUUCGACAACGCAGGGAGCUCCCAGUUUAACAUCCCUCCAGGCGCAGAGCUCAGUUACAAAGUCAAGCUUGUCUCUUUUGAGAAGGCCAAAGAGUCGUGGGAAAUGAGCACAGAAGAGAAGCUGGAGCAAGGACCCAUUGUCAAGGAAAAGGGAACCCAGUACUUUAAAGAAGGGAAGUACAGGCAGGCUGCGCUGCAGUACAAGAAGAUCGUCUCCUGGCUGGAUCACGAGUCCGGGUUGUCAGAGCAGAACGAGCAGAAAGCCAGGGCCCUGCGGCUCGCUGCCCACCUCAACUUGGCCAUGUGCUUCAUCAAGAUACAGGAGCACACGCAGGCCCUGGAGAACUGCAGCAAGGCUCUGGAGCUGGAUGGCUGCAAUGAGAAGGCUCUUUUCCGUCGCAGCGAGGCACUCUUUGCUCUGAAGGAGUUCGAGGAGGCGCGCAAUGGCUUUCAAAAGGUGGUGCAGCUGUACCCGGACAACAAGGCAGCCAAGACACAGGUCACAGCCUGUCAGCGGUUCUUGAGAGAGCAGCACGAGAAAGACAAGCGGCUCUACGCAAACAUGUUCUCCAAGCUCGCAGCACAUGACACCAAGAAAGAAGCUGCAGAGGAAGGGAAGGAUGUCAAGCCAGAGAUCAGGCUAACAGAGGAGGGCAGCAUGGAGGUCGAACAGAACCCUUAAAAUAAAAGCAGCUUGUAUGUGGGAGGAGCGCCUGUACUGUAGAGCAUAUGUUUGUUAGAGGACCUGUGUCGGAAGAAGAAAGGGCACAAGAAAGGGCAGAUCUAUUAGAAAGCCAGCAGCAAGACUCUGCCUGGGCUUGAAGCUUCAGCAUCCCUCUUGAAAAUAGUGUUGCUUUGCACUCUGACUCUCCUGCACAGGAAGGGAAUCUGUGGUGUGGAACACAAGGUUCUCAUGAGACCGGUGGAAGCAAAUACUUUUUUGUUGCUUUUUUUAAAGGAAAAAUAAUAAAACAUUUGAUUUGUGAAGUGCGAAUUGCUUGCUCAUUAGACAACCUUUUCUCUAUGUGCCUGCACAUUAAGAUUUACUUUAUUUUAUAUUUUUAAUAUACCCCAAUACAAACUAUAAGUCACAUCCCCAUUGGAACUUAUCAGCAGCAGAUAAUAUCCCUGAGUGUAGAUCUCACACUCAGAAUGUCAUUGACAAAGCAUUUGAAACAUUUAAACCACAAUGUAAUCUACAUAAACACAUUAAAUGCAUUAAUAAGCUUUUUUGUAUUGUAUUAGGAUUGAAUGACUUAUUUCUGUGUUCAGCGGUUACCCAAUAAAGUUGAGAGUGGA